UGGGACUAUUACAGUAUGAAAAGAAGUCAGAAUAUUAAAGAUUUCUUCGCAAGGAAGAAAUCUAAGAUAGAGCCAGAGCAGGGGCAGAGCAGUCAGUCACAGGAUGAGAGCCAGCCUUCAGCCUCAGCUGUACACAUUGAGUCACCCUCAACAUCACAUACACAUCAGGGUGUGUCCAGUGCUGAGGUUCUUGCAGGCCAUCCACAGGGGGAUAGUGGUGUGGGAGCCUCUUAUAGCCAGCCGGGACCUAUUGAAUCAGGUGAAGAUUCUUGUGAUGAGGGCCCUUCACCAUCACACAUGCAGCAUAGCGGUCCUGCUCAUACUUCAUGUCACCCCUGCAUAAAUCAGUGCCCCACUGGCCUCCACACUCUGUGGGACCCUAAGGGACUCUGGGAGGCCAUUCCAGAGUUGUGGGGCAACUGCCUGGAAGGCCCUAUCUCCCAUUGUGCAGAGCUUGACUCUUGGCUGGUGCAGUCGGUGGGUGGAGGUGGUGGAGCGGAGGGUUCUGGAGGCGGUGUGAGGUGUGAGGAGUUCCUUGAGCCAAUGAAGGGACCUGAGGACUGGAGUGAUGUGUUCGUGUUUGCGCCUCCUCGUCAGGACCCGGGCAGCACAGUUCUGGAUGUGCUGCAGCUUUUGUAG